AUGAGAAAAAGCGUGCGCAUAAGAAAUAUUAGAAUGCUGCUGACAGUCUGCGUCCCGCGCAGUUCAAAUGUUCGAAAGUGUGUAUCUCAAUCUUUGAAAGUCGAAGAAGAUUUCUUUCAAAAGCUAGUAUUUCUGGCCUGUUUAAGCGAGUGGUGUUGUAGUGAGCUCUUCAGUUAUCUCCUCAAAGAAAAGUUAGCAAUGGCAACUGGUGUUGAUCAGGUGAAAGCUUUACAUGAAGCCGGUUUAUUUGCAAGCUCCAAGCUUCUGGUAAGAUCGAGCGUUCUUACUUGCAAAUGUUGUUAUUUUCCCUUGCGAUCUACAGCUCAUCCAAGAAAAACGCCUCAAAAUCUUCAGAGUAUUAUGUUGUGGUUCAUUGGGCUACCGUUAACUGCUGCUUAUAACCCCCUCACUCCCUCUAGGGCUUAUAUUAGUUUAUUACAGUGUCGGAUCCAGAACCUUAGUUAAGUUGGGGGGGGGGUCUCCAAAAAAAUUUUUUCGGCCUUUUCAAGCCUCAGUUUGGUCUACAAAUAAGGGGGGCCCUCCCCUGGAUCCGCCACUGUAUUAGCGGCAGUUUCAGGUAUUGCAUUAAAUAUUAUUACCCCCGGGUUGGGCUGGUGCACAAUAUACCAAGUGAAUAGCAAGUCUCCAGUUACAUCACAAAAAACUCAACAGUGAUCCCUAGCCCUUACACAAUAACACAAUAAACUUCACACAAUAGAACAAGACAAUAAUGCAUAUAUUGACUUGGUAUAUUGAGCAUCACCCCCAGGUUGAGGAGCAAUGGAAUUCAUCAGGGGUAAGUAAUCAAAGUGGGGUGAGUGCAGUCCUAUCGAAUUCUUCAAGGGUUAAACUGGAAACAGACAAGUCCUCAUUAACCGAAGGAGGUGUGGAUAUUACAAUGUUUAUACUACUACAUGAGAAAUUUCUGUAAUUUGAUUGGCUUAGAGCAGUGGUAUUUCAGCUUUUAUACUACUACAUGAGAAAUUACUGCAAUUUGAUUGGCUUAGAGCACUUGUAUUUCAGCUUAAUUUGAAAUACCUACAUGUGAAUAUUACAAACCUUUUGCGGGUAGUAGUAUACACAAAUAAUAGCAUGAUUUGUUCUUGAUAUUUGGCAUAAAUACUGUUCGUGAUAUUUCCAAAUUGUCUCAAAUUUCACUCGCCUAACGGCUCAUGAAAUUAUGUAUAACAAUUUCGAAACAUCACUCUUGGUAUUUAUGCCAAAUAUCACUACAAAUCAUGCUAUUACCUAUACAAAUUUGAUAUACCUACAUGUUAAAAUUACGAACCUAUUGUGUGUAGUAGUAUAAAUAAAAAAUAGGAUGAUUUGUGUGUGACAUUCAGCGUAAAUACCACUUUUGAUAUUUCAAAAUUGUUUCAAAUUUCACUUGCCUAACAGCUCAUGAAAUUACAUAUAACAAUUUUGAAAUAUCACUUGUGGUAUUUAUGCCAAUUAAUAUCACUACAAAUCAUGCUAUUACCUAUACGUAUGCAAUAGCCCAUUUUAUUACCAUACAAUAAUUAUUAUUGUAAAAAAAAGGAAAGUAAAAAACAAAAUAUACAAAAUGAGACUGGCAAGGUGUACAAUAUUAUCAUAAAUAUCACGCACAGCUUGAAUUGUUUUCAUAAAGGUUUGCUUUGGAUGUACUGUAAUCUCUUAUUAUUUUUUCCUCAAUUUUAAUUCCAGGCUAGUUUUUUGUUGUCAGCAAAUGAACAUGGGAACCAAGAUAAAUAUGAUCUCAGCACCAUGGUUACCAAAUAUCAACUACUUGUGUAUUUAGCUGACUCUUUAUUUGACGAUGAACAGUAUAAAAGAGCAGAGGUCAGUAAAAUAGACAUAAUACAUGUAUACUAAAGUGGUACCGUAAAAUUCCGAAAAUAAGCCCCGGGACUUAUAUUUUUCAAAGGUCCUUUUUGAGGGGUUUAUUUUUGGAGGGGCUUAUAUUUGAAGAGGCUUAUGUACAGAGGGAAAUUUGCGUUUCAAAAUCGAUUGGGUUAGCUCACUGUUGGAAGGUAUUUUACUGUUUUUGCUUUGUUUUACUUUGUAUUUGAGGGCAAAUUCCAAGUACAAGCCACCCAAGAGGCCUAUAUUUGGUGGGGCAAUUUAACUGAGGGUUUUUUGUGUUAUGAGUUUGGGGGGUUUAUAUGUAGAGGGGUUAAAUACAUGGGGGCUUACUUUUGUAAUUUUACAGUAUGUCCAGUUUGGCUAGAGGAUGAAAAAAUGGCAAAUGAUCAUUGAUCAAUUCCAUCCAUGUUUGCUGAUGAUACUACAAUCUUUACUAUUGAUAUGACAUACAUUUUGUAGAAACCAUCAUCCUGUCAUUACAAUCUUAAUGCUGGACCAAGUUUUUAGUAUGCCUGCUGUAGAGUAGGAUAUAGAUUUUACAUAAGGCAUUCUCAACUCAUUCACCCCCGAACAACCCAUCCAUAAUCGCCCAUGCAGAUUCAUGUACCUUGUUGUGAUGUUAACAGUUUUCACCGUCAAGGACAAUUUUUCCAGCUAACUUGUGCAGGAGGAAGAGAUCUUUCAAACCAUACCAGAAUGAGCACAAUUCAGUCAAGAAAGAAAUUCCAACAGAAAUGUUGUUCGACUACCCGCGUGCACUUCCAUCUAAUCCUGCAAUCCUAAAAUAUUUCUCCAUAAAAUGCCCAGUAAAAGAAAAAAAAAAACUGGAAAAAAAAGCAAAGAAGGGGGGUUGGAGGAGGGAAGGCAAAAGGUAAAAGUCGAGACUGCUGUGUCACUUUUAAACCCACAUUAAAUAUAUGUUUGAAGUGACAAAAAUUUACCUUAAUGUUUAUAUUCAAAAUAGCAUUUUUACACAAGAGCUAUCCAACUGAGGAAAACCAUUAUCAAGCACAAGCCAAAGUCUAGUCCACCACUGGUAUGCAAAUUAUGUUUCUUUUCAUACAAUAAAUUAUUGAGAGUUAAAAAGGUAAAGUGCCUUAGAGGCAUUAACUGUAAAUAUGUUUGUAGACAUUUAGAAAAAUUUUCUGUAUCCAGGGUUUACUGUCAGAGGUUGAGGUAAAGUACAAGAUGUCAGAAUGCUAUCUUCACAUGAAGGAGUAUAGAGAAGCUACAACAAUAGUAAGUGAAAUAAAAUUAAUAUCCUGUUUUUGUAACAGUUCCAAAGAAAAUUCCUUUGAAAAACACUGUCGUCUCUCUCCCUCCCUCUCUAACAGCUUAUCCUAUUGGACGUCUCAUCUUUGACUGCAGAGGGGAAACAAUCUCUAUCAAGUGCCAAUCUUCCAACUUCUGUUAGUUACAUGUCAAAAACAUCCAAUACGACCAUUUCUCAUUGCCUUCUUAGUCUUCGUCUUUCUCUCUUCCCCUCUAUCUUUCCCAAGCCUUCACUUCUUUUCCAAUGGCCAAAAUACUUUCAUUUCUUUAUAAAGAUCUCUAACCAUUGAUCUUCCCCUUUAAUGCACUGUUACAAUGUAUCUAGUGGGUAUUUAUAUUACUUCAGCUACUCAGUCCACAUUGGUAUGGUAACUACAUUUUGCUAAAAAAAGGGUGUUUUUCGACCCAUUUUGUUCUCAUCUUCAGGACAAAAUGAAACAAAGCUACCUGAAUUGUUGUUUAGGAGCUAUCAUUAAUUUUUUUAAAAAUGUACAAAUGCGUAUUAGUGUUUAAACAAAUUUACAAGUAAAGAUUUAGUAUUCAUAUUGUUGUUAUUAUAAUACUGUUAUUUUUUGUAUCAAUUGUAUUGUAGCUUGAAGGUGUAUCACAGAAACAGAGGUCUCCAAAAAUCAAUAUGUCCCUGGCUAAACUCUAUCAACGGCAAGGCAUGGAAAGGUACUAGUCAAGAAGAUUCAUUCAUUUGUUUUCCUAAAUGCAUACAAUGUCACCUUCUUUUAUAGGCUCGAUUUCUGCCAUGGGUGAGUGUGUGCUCCCAAACAACAGCUGGUAAUCGAGCCUACUUCUUUUUUGGGCUUAUUUUAAGGUUCUAUAACAACAUUCACUUUGCCUUUAGGUCAGCUAUUUCCUGUUACAAAGAGGUUUUAAGGUAAGAAAAGACUAUCAAGAUUCUAUGUACCUUAUGUUUCCUUGACUUUGUAUCUCUGCUGUGGUUCAGAAUAGUAGUAAUGAAUUUUUGUCUUUCUUCAUCCUAAGAUUAUGGUCAUUGUUCCCCCCCCAAAAAAGAAAAUGAAAAUGAUGCUCAUUUAAACACUAUACCACAAAAAAUAUGAUGCUGAGUCCCAGUAUAUACCCUUGAAAGAGGGGGACAGCAGUACAUUUUUAUAUAAUUAUAGCUAUAAUAUUUUCUCAUCAAUUAUUAUGUUGAUACCCUCCCUUCUAAGCAAAAAAAUUGGCCAUUUCCAGCUGGGCACUUUAAGCUGCUAAGUAGUUAAAAAGGAAUAUUCUCUUGAAAUUAAAAAAUGUACGUUGCAGUUCUUUGCCAUUAUGUGUGUUGUUGUGUAUUUUGUAGGGUAUGCCCUCUAGCUUUGGAAGCUGUGAUUGGGUUGUUGUCACUUGGUGUUCCUGGCAGUGAAAUAACCUCACUGACUUCUCCAUCAACUUCAGGAAUGGAAUGGUAAAACUUGGAUCAUUAUACGUUUCUGGGAAACUGUGCACUACCCCACCUCUAAGCCAACAUUUUGCCCUAAGUGAAAGUAAGUGUUAAUGUUGGCUUACAGGAGAGUAGGUGGGCAGUUUCCAAGAAACGUAAAAUGAUCCUAAACCUUUAGCUACAAUUUAUUCAAUGGUAGUCUUUACACUAGAGCCUAAAUAAGCUAAGAAAUAUUUCAAGACAAGUAAAUUUUAAUUACUUCAAGUAAAAUAAAGCUUCACACACAACCGGUUCUUUUUUAAUUCGGGUUAACUUAGGGCUAUUUUCCCAUGCAACAUAAUUAAGAUUGAUUGACAUGUUUCGCCUUUCUCAAAGCUCAAGAAACCGCAAGUAACCGCAAGUCCGUUAAGUCGGUUUUAAGGAUGGUUUUCAAGUCGCUUGAAACUUUCUUCAAUCGUUUCAACUCUCUGACUUUAAUGAGAUGCAAAGUAAAGUUACUUGAGAUUUUACUUAGGCCUUCACACACGAAUUUUUGGUUAAGUAAAACUUAGCAGCUCUUAAGUCUUACUUAACAGCCUAGUGUAAAGACAACCAAUAAUUUAAAAAUUAGCUGACUACUUCAAUGAACUUAUCUGUUUACUUAUCAGGCUAGGAUCAUGGAUAAAAGCACAAGUUUUGGCAGCAACAGGAAAGCACACAAGUAAGAGAAUUUAGUAGCAUGUUCAUGUGCCUUUCUAUGAAGUUUUUUUUUUUCCUGAGAAAACAUUUUGGAAACUAGAAAUGUGUGUCUUGCGCACCCUUGCAAAACUCAGUUUAAAUAAUUACUAGUCUAGGGUUUGGGCAGAUGUUUCUUAUCCGUGAUGGUAAUAAAUUAAUUUACAGUGUAUGAGUAGGUUCAUUGGAUUUUUAAAAGGUCAUCACCAUCAUAGUAAUAAUAAUAAUAAUAAUAAUAAUAAUUUAUUAUUAAUAAUAAUGAUUAUAAAUAACAGUCAUGAAUGUCAUGUAGGUUCUGUACAAUAAACAAAGUCUUGUCUUUUUCUAGAGGGUGGACAAGCACUAAAAACAUUGGAAACACAGGUUUGAGAGAGUCAAAAUAAAAGUUAUUUUACAUUGUAUACAUCACGCCAGUGAAGUCUUUGAGUCCAGAAGAUUGGAGUGUAUGGAGAGUGGGUAGUCCGAGCUCAUAGAUCUGAGCAUUACAUACUAUUUAUUAAUCGCGAGUGAGGUCAUUACAGGGAAAUAUCAGACAACAUCAAGGCCAAGGUCUGAGAUUUCCUUGUAAUGACCAAACAGAUGAGGUUAAUAAGUAUUGUGGCCUUUUCAUUAUGGACCUGACCCUGCAAUCAAUUAAAACCAACAACUGGUCAAAAAAAAAAACAGUGAGUUGUACCCUUGAGGCUGCAAUACAAUCAGGUGACACUGGUCCACGGAUGCCCUUUUUGACAGCUAUCAGUUGACCAUAAUAUGGAUGUCCAUAAGGAUGUCCACUAUCAAGUUAAACACAGAUUGUAUACGCCUUGGACACCUACACUGUAGCUAGUAAUAGCCAGUCAUUAGAGAACCAAAACAGCCAAUCAGAGCGCACAUACUAUUGUAGCCAUAUAAUUAAGUUAAUUAAAUUGUAGUUGUUUAAGGCAACCUCAAGAUCUACCGCUCAGCCAUGCUUAAAAAUAGUUUUGUUGCUGGAUGUACAGGCCAAUCCUCAACAUCAUUAUCUUCCUCUACUUACUUACAAUGUACUUCCUUUGAUUAUGGCAGAGAUAACUAUUGGAUGUCUUUUCCAAUGAUCAAAAUCUAUUAUACAUGGCUGCACUAAGAUUUUCAAAAGGAAUGUCUCUGUUAUUUAGACCCUGUAUAAAUACAUGUUAUUUACCAUAAACAAUAUUUUAGGAAGAUAAAGAGCAAGAUACAUUGUAUUUAGAAAAACAUAGAGCAAUGAGAAACAUUGUAUGUAAUUUAUUUCAGUGUUUACGAGAUAAUGUGGAAUUGCUGUGUAAUGCGGCUGAGAUGUUUUACAAUUCUGGAGAUUACAACAGUGCAAAGUCUUUCUUUCAAAGGGUAAAUAAUGUACCAACAAUCUUUGACAAAAAGUGUUAA